GCCCGCUUUGGUUGAAGCCAAAACAGAACAUCAUGGCGAUUGAUGGUGGCGAACGUAACUGUGGAGUACAUGAGCUGAUCUGCGUCAGAAAAGUCUCUCCUGAGGUUCUGGGGUUUCUGACAGCGAUCGGCCUCUUCAUCAUCCUCAUGACCCUCCUCUUCUGGUACCUCAACAACAAGUUGGCACUAGAGAACCCAGGGAGCCUUCAGUGCCUUGAUGACUUCAGGAAAAACACAGAGCUGCAAGAAAAAGCCUACUCUGACGCUGACCUGCAGGGCUCAUCAUCGGACAGUGAGGAUGAACUGAUGGGUCAAUAUCAAGAAGCCGUCAGCCGCUCCCAGGGCCUUCGAGGAGGCGCCAAGUCAGCCUCCGCCCCCAAACACAUCGGUGGUUUCAGCUGGGAAAGCCGUCAGAAGUACAGCCCCCUGACUAAUGAUUAUGAUGGAUACAGCAGUGAAGCCUCAGCUGACGACGCCAACUGCAUCCAGCGGAUGAGACGAACACCGCCACUGGAUGAGCUCCAGCCUCCGCCCUAUCAGGAUGAGAACGGCUCCCCUCGGAUGUCCUGCACACUCUCAGACCUGGGCGAUGCCAAGUGUGAUCUGUCCCACACCAGCGGCAGUCCUCACCUCUCUUUUGGCAAGUGCCCCAGUGAGGGCAGCGAAGGCCCGGAGACUGAGAGUUACCUCAACAAGGGCUACGAGGAGGAUGUACCGAGUGACAGCACCGCCGUUCUCAGCCCAGAGGACAUGUCAGCCCGUGGAUCAGCAGCACAGCUUCCAAAAGGAUACGAACCUGAUCCCAUCGCAAAAUACGGCACCUUGGAUGUGGUGUUCAACUAUGACUCAGAGGAGCAGCAGCUGGCGGUGACCAUCAUGGCAGUAACUGACCUUCCUCUGGUAAAACGCACCGGUAACAUCUCCUGGCAGGUCCACCUGGUGCUGCUGCCCACCAAGAAGCAGAGGGCCAAGACGGGGGUCCAGAGAGGCCCAUGCCCCAUCUUCACCGAGACUUUCCGCUUCAGCCACGUGGAGUCAGAGAUGAUCAGCAACUACGCCAUCCGACUGCGCCUUUAUAGUAUGAGGCGGAUGAAGAAGGAGAAAGUGCUCGGGGAGAAGGUGUUCUACCUCACCAAGCUCAACCUCCAGGGCAAGAUGUCCGUGCCCAUCAUAUUAGACCCAUGUUGCACACUCCCGGGUGGUGAGUCCCAGGUCAGCCUCUCAGAUAUGACAUGCAGUGAAAGCGCCUCAUCAUUCCAGUCCGUCAGUCAGGCUUCCACACCAGAGAUCCUGGUGGGUUUGGUGUACAACGCCACCACAGGGCGGCUGUCGGUGGAGGUCAUCAAAGGCAUCCAUUUCAAAAACCUGGCUGCCAACAAGCCACCCACUGUCCAACCCUUGUUGUCAGAUGGGCUGUUCUGUUGUCUAAAACACUUGAUAGGCGGACAGGUUUAUAUUAUCCGAGAUACGUAUGUUAAACUCACCUUACUCAACUCCAUGGGUCACGAGAUGUCCAAGUGUAAGACGUCCAUCUGCCGAGGUCAGCCCAACCCGACCUACAAAGAGACGUUUAUCUUCCAGGUAGCCCUUUUCCAGCUCUCAGACGUCACGCUCAUCCUGUCCGUUUACAACAAGCGCAGCAUGAAGCGUAAGGAGAUGAUUGGCUGGAUUUCACUCGGCCUCAACAGUUCGGGAGAGGAGGAGCUCACCCACUGGACUCAGAUGAAAGAGUCUAAAGGACAGCAGGUUUGCCGCUGGCACAGUUUGCUGGAGUCCUAACACUGACAGAAGAGUAAGUCAGGAAAGUGUGUGAUGGGCAGUUGUCAUCCUAGAUGGGCAAGAAAUGGAUAAAAGCAGCUGGGAUGAGGUCAUGUGACAGACUGAGACCAGGGUCAAUGAGUUCAUGAAGAACUAGAAGCAUGUGUCUGCACUCUGACAUAGCAUAGGCAUUUUUGAAUCAUACGUCUAAAAUUACUGGCAGCCUCGACUAGUCUAGUGACGCUCUUUGUUUUUUCGCAGACCUGGUUGAGCCAUACCCUGAUCAAGAAGGUUUACCAACUUCAUUGAAGUCUUAUCCAAUAUUAUUAUGUAUCCGCAGCUCCAGGUCGCACAGUUGAUGUCAGGGUUAUUCCUGUUGUAAAUCCCAGGAAACACAGCACUUCUUUUUUCAUUUUCUUACAGCAUAGAACAAGUUUGUCAUGAAUUUAGCAAAAAACAAAAAACAAAAACAAAAACAAAAAAGCAAUCCCCUUUUUAACAGCUCUUAGAAUACCUUUGUGUGGGGGAUAUUUUAAUCUAAAUUUGGAUGAUAGCCCACAAUUUUCUUCAUCACUUCAUCUCUGCUCAAUGCUAACGACAUUGUUCCUGUUUUGUAUUCACCAAUCACUGUUGUCCUAGAAACAUGAAAUGCAUCACACUCUGCUGAAAACAUCAUAAUAGGUUUCAUACACUGCUUAUAUUUUAGGUUUCAACAUGUUGCAAAACAUCAAGUAACACAUUUUUUUUAAACAGAAAUAGGCUUUGCCAAAGUUUUUACCACAUUGCAGUGAUCUGCUGUGUUCAGAUGUGUGCAGGUCUUUGUAUACGGAUGGUGAAAUAGUCAUUGUUAAAGGCCAGUUUGAAGGAAAACCUAGAGAGAUUGGUUUGGAUACUUGAGCUGGAACUGUUAACAAAUCCUUCACUGUUUACGCUGCUAAGGUAGAACUUCUCAAAAUAACUAAACAGAACAAAACAACAAGAUAAAUUCCAAUGACAUUGACAGAUGACAGUGACGGUUGAUGUUAGGGUGAAUUCCUGUUGUUGUAAGUUUAAAAUGUUCAAGCUAUAUUUGGAAGGCUCCAGUUUGCCAAAGCACCGAAAGACUGAGGUGUGUUACAUAUAGAAAUGUGUAGUAGUUACUGUGGUGGUUUGUGGUCUUCAGUUUUUAUCCACUGUUCACAAAUCACACAGAAUGUCCGAUGCAUUCAAGUGCGGUUCUUCAGCAGUAACUCACAGGUGAAAAUGUACAUGUCACCUUUAUGGCCCCGCCCCUUUUUACCUGCUCUGGUGCUACAUGUGCUGUGGCUGCACACAGGAUUCCUUGCCUUAUGGUUUGGUCGGUUUGUAAAUUUUCUUUAAAGUUCAAAAACAGACCCGGACACACCCUCAGAGCACACAGACCCACACCCAUAAAUACAGCAAGCACACACAGCCCAGCACCGCUCGACCUCACAGAGGGAAAUGUCAACUGUAAUAAAUGAAACCUUUUCAUUUUCAUGUAUUAACAAACGUACAGAAUGUUGACGGGGGGUGGGGGGGUGGGGGUGGGGUCUUUUUGCUACUGUGGCCACUUUAUCGUUUAAUUUCAUAUACAGACAACAGAAAAAACAUAUACUCUUUACUGUGCCUGUGGUUGUAGUGAAAGCUAACUUUGUGAAGUGUUUACCAAGUGGAAAUGUGUGUGUGUGUGUGUGUGUGUGUGUGUGUGUGUGUGUGUGUGUGUGUGUGUGUGUGUGGGGUGACUGGAGAGGUACAGUAAAGGGAGCGUGGGGGGCUGUGAUAUAGGUAGUUAUUGCUUUUCUUUAGUUGAGCGUGACAGUUUCUACAUUUAAUUACUCGUAUUUAGAAAAAACAGAAACCCACUUUUUGAUUGUCUGCCAUAUACUUUAUAUACAGUAAAUGUUUCAUAUCUAUUUUUGUAACAAAGGUGACAAAAAUUGUGUUAUGAGUAACAGCGACUCCGAUAUUAACCCUCCCUAAGAGCAAUACUAUUCUGGAUUGCUACUCUCUGUUUAAUUGAUUAUUUUAACAUAUUUGUCUGGAGAAAAUAACACUUUUAUGUCUUGUUAUUUAGCUCUGCACCCCGUUACACCCCUUUUCUGGAUUCAGAGGGUUGUAACAGAGGCCAGUGGCUCUCAUCUCUAAACAAACUGUCAAGAUUUUUCAGCUGAUGCUUUUUAACCAUGUGAAGAGAAGCACAGGCUUUACAGCACAACAGGGAAACACACCGUGUGAAAGACGGCUCUACAGUCUAAUCAUUGUUGGAGGAAGUUUCAUAAAGUACUGUUCGUUUCUCUGAUUACAAAUUACCUCAUUGAGGUUUUUAUUCCUAUAAGUCCUUACAACAUUUGGCACAUUUGUGUAGUUUUCAGCUUCACUAAAUAAAUUACUGUGCUGUUUAUUUGACUGCCUGCAAACAGAAGAUGUACAGGAAUAUAAAUAGCUUUAACAUAUGAUAAUUUAUAAGUGUCAAGUAGUCGCCACGCUCCAUAGUUAUCACUAUCUUAAAGUCUGAGCCUGUUGAAUUUCUCAUCGAGUGAUAAAUGUAAAAAAAAAAAAAAAAAAAAAAAAAAAAAAAGAAUGUGUGACAUGCUCCUCACAGCCUCUAAACUUGAUAUAAAUGAUGCUAGAAUGAAAUAGUGAGUGAAAAAUAGCAAAGCAGCACAAAUGCUGUGAUUCGAUUAAUGUGACACUUGCAUACACUGCAUAGUUAAAAAA